GACGUGGACGAGGAGAAAUAUCAUUUUGAAGGAUUUUACCGGAGCUCUCUCCGGUUAUGUCGACACCUCCUCCUCCGGAAACUUCUCUUUCGCCGACCUCGCCCCCUUCUUCUUCUAACUUUGCCUCUCCUGUUUCGCCGACGGCGGUAACAAACUUAACUUCUCCGACUUCACCUACCAACCAGUCUUCUUCUUCUUUAUCGACGCAGCAGAGUUCACUUACUGCUCCUGCUCCUCCAACAGCAACGUCUACGAAUGGCGCCACUACAAGUAAUAUGCUUCCGCCUCCACCCAAAGGCCUUCCUCCAGGGCUUGUUGUUGUACUUGUAGUGGGGAUAGCGUUGGGUGCAUUGAUGGUGCUGAUUGGCGUGGGAAUUUAUAUGGUUUGGUGCAGGAGGAACCGGGAGCUUGCACAGAACAACUAUGGCGGUCCUUCCUCACCUCCACCACAAGGACCUGAAGGGUCACCUGGGAUGGCCCUAGGAUUUUCAAAGAGUUCAUUUACUCAUGAAGAAUUGGCAUUAGCAACAAAGGGUUUCUCUGAUGCUAACCUCAUUGGUCAAGGAGGUUUUGGUUAUGUCCAUAAGGGAGUGCUUCCAAAUGGGAAAGUAGUAGCAGUUAAACAGCUUAAAGCUGGGAGUGGACAGGGUGAUCGUGAAUUUUGUGCAGAGGUUGAGAUCAUUAGUCGUGUGCAUCACAGGCAUCUUGUUUCACUGGUCGGUUACUGCAUCAUUGGGGAGAGGAGAAUGCUUGUAUAUGAGUUUGUUCCAAACAACACACUGAAAUUUCAUUUGCAUGGAAAUGGGGGAGCAGUUAUGAGCUGGAGAAGCCGAAUGAGAAUUGCUUUGGGAGCAGCAAAAGGAUUGGCAUAUUUGCAUGAAGACUGUCACCCCAAGAUCAUACAUCGUGAUAUCAAAGCAGCUAAUAUUCUUCUUGAUGAAAGCUUUGAAGCAAAGGUUGCGGAUUUCGGACUUGCAAAGUUUUAUUUAGAUAUUGACUCUCAUAUUUCAACUCGAGUGAUGGGAACUUUUGGUUACGUAGCUCCAGAGUAUGCAUGUACUGGAAAGCUCACUGAAAAGUCAGAUGUCUUCUCCUUUGGGGUUGUACUUUUGGAGAUGAUUACUGGACGUUACCCUGUUGAUAGAACUCAAGAUGAAUAUGUGGUUGAUUGGGUAUGUAUUAACUUCUACCCGUUCUAGUCCUUAAAACACGACCAAAUAAAAUUGUGGCAUGUUGUUGGCAUUGGGUGGCCUGGAGGCUUCAAGGAGGAUACAGUCAAUUAAAUUUUUGCAGCAAACUCCAACACCUCCCCCAUGCAAGUGUUGUCUGCCUGAAUCAAAUUCUUGUACAACUAUGUUUACUGUUUUGGGAUGAAUAACAUAUGCCCUUUGGAAUUUUAGGCAAGGCCUUUGCUCUCACAAUUUCUGGAAACUGGGAACUUUGAAUCUCUUGUUGAUCCAAGGUUGGAGAAGGAUUAUAACUCCAGCGAAAUGGCUCGAAUGAUUGCUUGUGCUGCUGCCUGUGUGCGCCAUUCAGCAAAGCUUCGUCCGCAGAUGAGCCAGGUUCUUCUAAUUAUGUGAUAAUAAGUUUAAUUACCAAAUCUCUUUACUUUAUCAAAUGAAUCCAGAAGGUAGAACUGUUAUUUGUUUUCCUUUGAUAACUACCCAAGAUCCAGAUUCAGUUUCUGUUGAUGCAUUGGUUUUGGCUAGUUAAAUCAAUGCUAGUUUCACAAAGGUGCAAUUUUUAACUGAAAAAUAAAUUUUUGCAGGUCAU